AUGCCUUGUUCUAAGCAGCCUGAUUACUUCCAGGCUUUGAGCCUUCUUCAAUGGCCCUUGAGCUACCUUGCCAUCUUUUGGAUCUUGCAGCCACUGUUCAUUUGCCUGCUGUUUACACCCCUGUGGCUGAUACCAGUGCUUUACUUUGCCUGGUUGUUCCUUGAUUGGAAGACUCCAGAUCAGGGUGGCAGGCGUUCAGCCUGGGUAAGGAACUGGUAUGUCUGGACCCACAUCAGGGACUAUUUCCCCAUUACAAUCUUGAAGACUAAGGACCUGCCACCUGAGCACAACUACCUCAUGGGGGUUCACCCCCAUGGCCUUCUGACCUUCGGUGCCUUCUGCAACUUCUGCACUGAGGCUACAGGCUUCUCGAAGACCUUCCCAGGCAUCAUUCCUCACUUGGCCACGCUGUCCUGGUUCUUCAAGAUCCCCCUUGUUAGGGACUACCUCAUGGCUAAAGGCGUAUGUUCUGUGAGCCAGAAAUCCAUCAACUACCUGCUUAGCCAUGGCACUGGGAACCUUGUGGGCAUUGUUGUGGGAGGAGUGGCAGAGGCCCUGCAGAGUGUGCCCAACACCACCACCCUCCUCCUCCAGAAGCACAAGGGGUUUGUGCGCACAGCCCUCCAGCAUGGGGCUCAUCUGGUCCCUACUUUCACGUUUGGAGAAACUGAGGUAUAUGAUCAAGUACUGUUUCAAAAGGAUAGCAGGAUGUACAAAUUCCAGAGCUACUUCCGUCGUAUCUUUGGUUUCUAUUGUUGCAUCUUCUAUGGACAAGGCUUCCACCAAGGCUCCAUUGGGCUCCUACCAUACCACAGGCCUAUUGUCACUGUAGUUGGAGAGCCUCUGCCACUACCUCACAUUGAAAAUCCAAGCCAGGAGCUUGUGGACAAAUACCAUGCACUCUACAUGGAUGCCCUGCACAAGCUGUUUAACGAACAUAAGAGCCGGCAUGGCUACUCGGACACCCAAAAGCUGCUUUUCUUAUAA